AUGGGUGGAGGAGAGGGCAAGUGCCUGUAUAUCGAUACCGAAGGCACCUUUCGUCCGGAAAGACUCCUGGCAGUUGCUGAGCGCUACGGCCUCUCGGGCAGUGAUGUGUUGGACAAUGUGGCUUACGCUCGAGCCUACAAUACCGAUCAUCAAAUGGAACUUCUCAUAAAUGCUGCUGCUAUGAUGAGCGAGUCGAGGUAG